CGGGAUCAACUUCGACAAGGGUGCGAGAACGGCGUUGGCAUUCGUGACCCUACGCGCCGACGGAGAGCGUGAGUUCAUGUUCUACAGGAAUCCCAGUGCUGAUAUGUUGCUCACUCCCGACGAGUUGAAUCUUGAAGUUAUUAGACCUAUGGCAUCUAUAAAAUCCAAAUCACCUACAAAUCCUAAAGCACCUAAAGAUCCUAAAGCAGCUAAAGCACGUAAAGCAGCUAAUGCACCUAAAGAUCCUAAAGCAGCUAAAGCACGUAAAGCAGCUAAUGCACCUAAAGAUCCUAAAGCACCUAAACAACGUAUAAUAACCACAUGUCCUUCAGUCCCUGCUGCUCCACCUAUAAAACCAGGGGAUAAAUAUUAUGAGUUUGGAGAUUGGUUUAACCGUCAUGGUUACUGGAAGGGGAACCACGAUUUGAAGAGUUUAAUUACAAGUUUUUUGACUCUUGCACAACAGGAUAAGCUUAAUAAUGGUACAUUUCGAUAUAUUAUGGCUAUGGAGAAUUUCAAAUGCAGCAUGAAGUUGGUUCAUUAUUUGUGUCUUUCUCGAAUAUUCACCAAUGAUCGAGACUCCAUUAGUUUCAAGAUUUUUGGCCAUGAUGUAUCCUUCACCCUUGAAGACUUUCACAUUAUGUGCGGUUUGCGGAUCACAACACAUAAUGUUGAAAAACCAAUUAAUCGAGAGAGCAAUAUUCUGAAGCGCUAUUUUGGGAAGUCUAAUGGUACAACCUUGAAGGAUAUUUGAGAUUUUAUGACCCAGAAUGAAAUUCAAAAGAAUGAUGUGAAUUUCAAACACGUAUGCGAGAGUGAUGAAGAUGCUGUGAAGCUUAUGGAAAUUCUUGUUGUGGAGUCUAUUUUGUUUGGAAAAAAGACUGAAUCAUCUGUCCUGGAGGAGUAUGCAGCUAUUAUUGAAGAUGAUAAGGCUUGUGCUGAAUAUCCUUGGGGUAAUGUGUGUUAUGAGAAGCUCAUUACCUCACUGAAACAUGCAUUGGACAAGCAAAACAAAUUUCAUUUAACUGAGUAUAAAGUUGGUGGAUUUUCAUAUCCGUUAUGUGCUUGGUUCUAUGAGCGCUUCUCGGAUAUUCGGGAAAAGUACUUAAGAGAGGAUGAGUACCUUGAUACCCCUCAGGUUCCCAGGAUGUUACGUUAUGUAUGUGUGGGAGAGCCUAAAUAUAACGAACUUUAUGAGGAUUACUUCAGUAAUCAUGCUGUAAGUUAAUUUUUUUUAUUUUUGUCUUUGUGUUAAUAUGUUGAUGUAUUAGUUUUUUUUUUCAUAAUAUACUUUUUUGUAUUAAACAGAGAUAAUGCACGUUUAGGGUAUUGGAUAUAAUUCCUACAGAAGAGGAAUUCAAUUAAAUGCCAUUAAUUGGACAAUUACCAUGCAACCAGAUUCGUUCAAAGAGGGUAAUGAUGGAGGUUCAAAGGCAUGCAGAAAAAGAAAGAAGCAAGAUCGCAAAAGAAGUUGCCGAUCAGUUUAAACGGGAUGAGCAAUCUACUAUUGUGGAUGCGGUUUUUGUAAAAGUCAAGUAAGCUAAUUUAUAGAGAAGUCUUUUUUUUUCUACUAAUGUUAUUCAUAUUAAUCAUUGUUAGUAACGUUUUUCUAGGAAUAUUUUGAUGAGAAGUUUGAAAAGUUGUUUUAGAUUGUCGACAAAUCAAAUGGAAUGGACGAUGGCAAUUUUGAUUUGAUGAACUAGCGACAAUAUGAUAGGAUGAAUGACUCUUUCAAACAUCUAUCGGAUAUUAAUACUACUCAUAAUGCAUCGCAUAAAGUCGCAGAUAAAAAUGCUACACGUGAGGAAGUGGCUCUUGAAUGCGAUCAACAUGUUUAACAACAAGUUGAAGAGGAACGUCCUAGUAUUGAUAGAUUGAGUGGAGAUGGAAAUGAUAAAUAGUUAUCAACUGAGAAUGUUGGAAGCAAGCAAGGUGCAGAUGAUCAAGUUGUUGAUACUGAAGAACAUGCUGCUCAUGAUGCAUCACAUAAAGUCGCAAAUGAAAAUGUUACACGUGAGGAAGUGUAACGACCCGACCGGUCGUCUUGAGCUUUUGCACUUUGUUCGCCAGUUCUCGGGCAUGACUAGC